GGGCGAGUCCGGCGGCAGCGGCCUCCGGGGCUGGGGUCCGUCUCGGCGGCAGCGGCGGAAGUCUCGCGAGGGAGCGCGGCCGGGAUUUGGCGGCGCUGCCUCCCUCCCUCCCUCCUCCCUCCCUGCCUGUCGCUGGCUGCGAGGCGCUGGUGUUUGUGUGGAAGGGGGAGGAGGAGGAGAAGGAGGGCAGGCGAAAGGAGCCCGAGCCCCACCAUCCGCCGAGGGGAGCGGACCGGAGCCCCCUCGCCGCCCGCGGAGCUCUCUUUCCCUCCCCUCGCCCCGCCAUGGCCUCGGGAGACACCCUGUACAUCGCCACGGACGGCUCAGAGAUGCCGGCCGAGAUCGUGGAGCUGCACGAGAUCGAGGUGGAGACCAUCCCGGUGGAGACCAUAGAGACCACCGUGGUGGGCGGCGAGGAGGACGAGGAGGAGGAGGAGGAGGAUGAGUGCUGCGAGGAGUGCGGCCCGCACCACCCGCCCCAUCACUACCACCACCACCAGCCCAUGAUCGCGCUGCAGCCGCUGGUGUCGGACGGGGACCCCAGCGGGGCGGGCGGCGGCGCGGCCGGCGGCGGCGGGGGGCAGCUCCACCUGCACCACCACCACCAGGAGGUGAUCCUGGUGCAGACCCGCGAGGAGGUGGUGGGGGGAGACGACUCGGACGGACUGCGGGCCGACGACGGGUUCGAGGACCAGAUCCUCAUCCCUGUGCCGGCCCCCGCCGGGGAGGACGAGUACAUCGAGCAGACCCUGGUCACUGUGGCCGCCGCUGGCAGCAAGAGCGGAGGCGGCGGCUCCUCCUCGGCCGGCGGAGGAGGCCGCGUUAAGAAGGGCGGCAGCGGCAAGAAGAGCAGCAAGAAGAGUUACCUGAGCGGGGGAGGCGGCGGCGGGGCCGAGGGCGGCGGCGGCAGGAAAUGGGAGCAGAAGCAGGUGCAGAUCAAGACCCUGGAGGGGGAGUUCUCGGUCACCAUGUGGGCCUCGGAUGACAAAAAGGAUAUUGACCAUGAAACAGUGGUUGAAGAGCAGAUCAUUGGAGAGAAUUCUCCUCCAGAUUACUCAGAGUACAUGACAGGGAAGAAACUUCCUCCUGGUGGAAUACCUGGCAUUGACCUCUCAGACCCCAAGCAACUGGCUGAAUUUGCUAGAAUGAAACCAAGAAAAAUUAAAGAAGAUGAUGCUCCACGAACGAUAGCUUGUCCUCACAAAGGCUGCACAAAGAUGUUCAGGGACAACUCUGCCAUGAGGAAGCAUCUGCACACUCAUGGCCCUCGAGUACACGUAUGUGCAGAAUGUGGCAAGGCCUUUGUGGAGAGCUCGAAACUAAAGCGGCAUCAGCUAGUUCACACCGGAGAGAAACCCUUUCAGUGUACAUUUGAAGGAUGUGGAAAGCGUUUUUCACUGGACUUCAAUUUACGCACACACGUGCGAAUUCACACUGGCGACAGGCCCUAUGUUUGCCCGUUUGACGGCUGCAAUAAGAAGUUUGCGCAAUCAACCAACCUGAAAUCUCACAUCUUAACACACGCUAAGGCCAAAAACAACCAGUGAAAGUCGAGGAGAACGUUCUCGAACUCAAAGCAUCUUACAGGAAAAUCAGUUGGAAAGAAAUACGCCUCCCCUUUGUAUAUUGUUUCUAGGAAAGAAUUUUAAAAAAAAGAACCCUACAAAACUAAAGGACGUGUUUUGAUAAGUAGUAAAUAAAAAGCAAAAAAAAACCACACAGAAAACUUGAAGGUGACAUUGUUAAGAUGAUCCACCUUGGUCUGUAAGCCCGUUUCAAGAACACGGUGUUUUGUAAAGUGUGGCCCCAACUGGACGGGUCAGCUCACGAACUAGCAUCAGAAAAGACAAUUCUUUAUACAACAGUGCUAAAAUUGGACUUCUUUUCACAUUCUUAUAAAUAUGAAGCUCACCUGUUGCUUACAAUUUUUUUUAAUUUUGUAUUUUCCAAGUGUGCAUAUUGUACACUUUUUGGGGAUAUGCGUAGUAAUGCUAUGUGUGAUUUUCUGGAGGUUGAUAACUUGCUUGCGGUAGAUUUUCUUUAAAAGAAUGGGCAGUUACAUGCAUACUUCAAAAGUAUUUUCCUGUAAAGAAAGAAAAGUUAUAUAGGUUUUGUUUGCUAUCUUAAUUUUGGUUGUAUUCUUUGAUGUUAACACAUUUUGUAUAAUUGUAUCGUAUAGCUGUAAUGAAAUCAUGUAGUAUCAAAUAUUAGAUGUGAUUUAAUAGUGUUAAUCAAUUUAAACCCAUUUUAGUCACUUUUUUUGGAGAAAUACUGCCAGAUGCUGAUGUUCAGUGUAAUUUCUUUGCCUGUUCAGUUACGGAAAGUGGUGCUCAGUUGUAGAAUGUAUUGUACAGGCACUGACCGUUUAUUAACACCUGAUAAUAUGUACAUCCCCCAUGUAAUAGAAAGGACAACAAUAAAACAGUGGUCCUAAAGAAAGAAUCUGGCAGAAGAUGAUCUGUAAGCGCAGUCAAUUUUCUUUUGUUGUCCAGAGCAGUUCUAGUUUCUCUUGACCUCCCAGAAAUUGGAAGCUAAAUAAACUCAAGUUUCCUUUACUUUGCAUUCAAUUACAGUGAUUUGUGAUGUAGUUAAGUUAAUGCCACAUCAGGUGGUAUAUCUAAACAGAAUUGCUGACUGUAAUUCUGGUUUUGAAUGACCUAGACUUCCAUUAACUGGAACGAUGGAUUUGGAGACGUGGCAGUGUAGUGGGGAGUGUUCUGUGUGCCUGGACAGCAACUAGGUAAAACUGUACAAGAAAUAACUAAAUGGAAACCUUUGUUUAGUCAAGGUAAGGAAUGUUGGCAGUUUAAAUGCAGUAAUGAUAGAAAGUGGAGGAAUGGUAGGGUUUGGGUGAUCAUACCAGGAGAAAAAAGAAACUGUUUCUUCUUUUGUCUAACUUGCUUGAGUGUAAUGAUAAAAAUUCUUGGAACCUUAUUGGAUACCUUUUGUUUCAAAACAGGAACUUGAAGUUCUAAGAGAACUAGAUGGAGUUGAGUUUUGAUGGUCUAACUAAGAGUGGUUACUUCUCAUUUGUUCAAGUGUUCAAAGAAAACUUAGCAGAUACUAUAGUAAAAUGUGACAGAUUAAUAAACAGAAGAAAAUGCAGAGAAAUGCAUAAGUUAUUUUUUAGAGGCAUGUAACAUAUUUUAAUGCAGUAAAAAGUGUUGUUAAUCUUUUUCUGAAUUCUGUUCUUAAAAAGGUUCAUCAAAGUUUUCAUUGCUAAUACUGUAAAAUAUAAUUUUGAGUCCAGUGUUGGUGGUAGUGGCAAAAACAUGGGUAAUAAAGAAACUGCACUUAAGACCAAGGGAAUUUUCAUCCAUACAUAAGUUAAUCUGAACACUGCAACUCUAGUCUGAGGUUAUUGGGGUAGAAAGAAAGUUGGGACAUUUAAUUGUAAAGUAUGCGUUAGAAUUUUGGCAGUAUUUUUUCUUUUAUAUAUAAGCAGUUUUUGAACAGGACAAUAUACUGAAACUUGUAUAGUUAUAGUUAAAUUAAAUUCUGUAUACAGUUAAAUUAGUGUCUAUUCUUUUUGGAAGGAAAUAAAAUUAAUUCAGUCUA